AACAAGAUGAAGGCAGUAUAUUUUGAUCAGCCGGGAGGACCAGAAAAUCUUUACCUUAAAGAAUUGCCUACACCUCAGCCAAAGGAUGGAGAGGUGCUCAUUAACGUUUUUGCCACUGCUCUGAACAGGGCUGAUUUACUGCAGAGAAAAGGAAUGUACCCUCCCCCCAAAGGAGAGAGUGAGGUUCUUGAACUAGAAGCUACAGGAACUGUGGUGGGCCAUGGACAUGGUUGUAAGGGAAUCGUCUCCCUUGGAAGCAGCGUGAUGGUGUUGUUGGCAGGCGGUGGCUAUGGAGAGUAUGUUACAGCUCCUGAGGAACAACUGAUGACUGUCCCAAGUCAUAUGAUCUUCUGCCAGGCUGCAGCCAUUCCUGAGGCUUGGUUGACUGCUUAUCAGCUGCUGCAUUUUGGAGCUAAGGUGCAGAAAGGAGACGUGGUAUUGAUCCACGCUGGAGCCAGUGGUGUUGGCACAGCGGUAAUUCAGCUGACUCUUUUGGCAGGAGCAGUUCCCAUAGUAACUGCAGGGACACCAGAGAAACUGCGAAUAUGUGCAGAACUUGGGGCAGCUGCUGGAUUUAACUACAAGGAAGAGGAUUUCUUAGAAAGAGCAACAGAGUUUACUCGUGAUAAAGGAGUUGAUAUUAUACUAGAUUGUGUUGGUGGAUCCUAUUGGGAGAAGAAUGUUAAGUGUCUGGCUAUGGAUGGCCGUUGGGUGCUGUAUGGACUGAUGGUGCCCAGUGACGUGCGUGGAGAUAUUCUGAAAGAACUGCUGUUCAAAGACAAAAGAGGAAGUAUUCGUACUAGCUUGCUACGGUUACGUUCUUUGAAGCAUAAAGAAGAACUGGUUAAAGCAUUCACAGCAGAUGUCCUGCCACAUUUUGAACCCGAAGGCCUGCUUCAGCCAAUCAUUGACUGCAUUUUCCCUAUGGACAAGAUAGCUGAUGCCCACAGACGCAUGGAAUGUAACAGAAACAUAGGCAAGAUCAUUAUUGAGGUGAAGAAAGAAAGGUCUUCUCAACCUUGAAGAACAUUUUCUGAAAGGGUAUAACAAAACCAACUGUGAUUAAUCAUGACUGUUGCUAAAUCAU